GUACCGUCUGUAUGACCCCUGCCUGAAUUUUUGGGAGGCCACGGUAGACGAUUCCGAGUUGGGUUUUGCGCUGGCCGAAAGCGCAGGAACGCUCAUCAUCUGGACGGCCACAUAUGCACCAUCCCUCUCUCACUUUCCAACCCAGACUUUGAGUGAUCUUGCCUUAGGACACAUUACAGUCCACGGUCUGGCUGCGCGCGCUUGUAUAUCAUCCACGCAUUGCCCGUUUGUUCUUCCUCAUCUUCAGACCAUCCCCGCACAAGACACUUCAACCACGACCACUGAGAGAAACCAGAUCGCGCAUCGUCGAGGCUUGCUUGGCAGCACCCGUCUAGCAGCGCCGCCGCUGAGGAGGCUCGCCGCGCCCGCUCACCAAGAUGAGCAGCGACUACUCGUACGACGAGGAGGGCCACCUCUGGCCCUUCUUUGUCUUCACGCUCACCACAAUCGUGACGCUGCCCCUCACAUACAUGCUCGUCAGCCGCACGCGGGACCCGGCAGCUUCCUUCCCCCGCAUCAAGACCGACUACUCGCCCAAGGAGGGCGCCAUCGUCAAGACGGUCAGGUCGGCCGAGAAGCGCCGCCACCGCAGGCUCGGCCUGGCCUUCUUCGUCAUUGCCGGCUGGGCUGUCAUGGGCUACAUGCUCUACCUCAUCAGUAUCACCGAGGCGCCCAACCACAAGAUCUGGAACCCCUACGACAUCCUGGGUCUCUCCGAGACCGCCUCCGAGAAAGUCAUUAAGAAGACGUACAGGGACCUUUCGCGCAAGCUCCACCCCGACAAGGUCCAGCCCGACCCGGCAAAGAAUGAGACGAUCGAGUCGUUGAACGACAAGUACGUUGAGAUCUCCAAGGCCUACCAGGCGCUCACGGACGAGGAUGUAAGGAACAACUACAUCCAGUUCGGCCACCCCGACGGCAAGCAGGGCUUCAGCAUCAACAUUGCUCUCCCCAAGGCCAUUGUGUCGGACGGCAACGGAAAGUAUGUCCUCCUCGUCUACUCGCUCCUCUUCGGCAUCAUGCUCCCCUACCUGGUCGGUUCCUGGUGGUAUGGAACCCAAAAGCAAUCCAAGGAGGGUCCCCUCAUGGAGAGCGCCAACCGGUUGUUCAUUGAGUACGAGGAUGAUAUAGACGAGGGCGGCGUCGUAUCUGCCUUGAGCACUGGUAAGGAGUUUGAAGGGCUCUUCAAGGGCAACAAUGCAGACUCUGGUCUGGCCAAAAUUGAGUCCAGAAUCACUGCGCCCGGCGAGACGUCACCUUUUGCUGCUAGCAUGUCUCUGAAGGAGAAGGAGAAGCUGGAGGAUCUCGAGAAUGGCGUGAGGCGCAAGGUGCUGGCUCUCCUGUGGGCCUACCUGGGUCGCAUCGAGCUCGACGACCAGAAGCUCACCAAGGCCAAGCUCGAGGUUGGCCCAAUCGCACACUCCCUGACCAAGUCUUUCACCGCUAUCGCCCUCGCAUAUGGCAACACGGCACCGAUAUUGUCGUCUUAUUACGCCAGCCAGAUCCUCAUCCAGGCCAUCCCUCCCAAAUCGUCCCCGCUCCUGCAGCUGCCCAACUUCAGCCCCACCAUUGUCAAGGCCAUUGAGGGUGACUCCAAGGUCCGCGCCAGCGUCCAGAGGUUCAUGGACCAGCCCGACGUCAAGCGCCGCAGCCUUGCUGUCGGCCAGGGGCUCCUGACCGAGGCCGAGUACCAGACCGCAGUCGACGUCGCCAAGCAGCUUCCCUACUUCCGUGUCGCCAAGGCCUUCUUCAAGGUUACCGGCGAGAGGUUUAUCAUCCCGUCCUCGCUCGUUACCCUGGUUGUCAAGGGCCGCUUCGUGCCGCCCGGAAGCGAAAACGUGCCGCCUAUCAAGGACUUUGACCUGGAGGAUGUUGACCCGGCCGAGGACGAUCUGGACGCCAUCCUGGGGCGCAAGAAGAGGCAAGUCGGCAAGGACGAGAAGGGCAAGCCCGUUUUCGAGCUUGUUGAUGACAAGCCCAUUGUGCCUCCCCUGGUUUUUGCGCCCUACUUUGCCCGCGACUACUCCCCGCGCUGGCACGUCUUCCUCACGGACUCGAAGCAGGGCAAGAUGGCCGUGCCGCCAUUCACCUUUGCCCAGUUUGAUCGCCCCAUCUUCAAGGAGGACGGCAAGACGCCGACGUAUGAGAUGCAGACCCUCAAGGCUCAGUUCCAGGCACCGCCUCAGACCGGUCACUACACGUUCGUCAUGCACGUCGUCUGCGACAGCUAUGUCGGCUUCGACACCAAGAUGGAGGUCACACUGGUAGUCGAGGAGGCCAGCAGGGCCGAGGAGAUGUCUGACGACGACGAUAUCAGCGAGCCAGAGGAGGAUUCCAUCGCUGGCAUCAUGAACGCGGCCAAGGGCGGUGCCCCUCCUCCGCGCAGGAGGAAAAAGGACGACUCCGAUGACUCGGACGAGAGCGGCACGGAGGAAGAAGCCGAAGAUACCAGCGACACCGACACUGAUACUGAAGACGAGUCGUGAGCUCUGGACUGUGUGCGAUUAAAAGAGGGUUAUGAAACGGGUAAUCACCAGAGAACGGUUAAAUACCAAAGCGAACUGCAUAUCUUGCCUUUGAAUGGGACCGGGCCUGUUUUAAGCGGCUGUUCUGUUUAAUUCACCUCCUUUGUUUGAAAGUGGCCGCUGUCAGGUCUCCCCGACUUACGCUUCAUCAUUUUCGUCAAAUCAGACUAGAUUCUGCCCCUCCCAACAACCCGAUUAUCCAAUUCCCUUCCUGUAAAUACCGUCUGUUUUUAUUAUUUUCUUUCGUGGGCGUCGCGGCAUUCAUCACCCCCAAGACAUGGGCCAUACACGGCGUUUGUUCAUCUCGCUUUUAUAUAUUCUAAACCGGACGGUGCUUCCAUGUUUGGUGUUGAGCCUGGAUUUCGGUCUUAGCGUGCUGACCGUACUGCUGGCACCACCUGUUUUCUAGAUGGUCUCAUGGGUGUCGACUUAUGAGAAGCAACACUUGGCGCUGAAGGUCUCGCAGCCAACUGUUCCCAUUCUUGGUACCGUGGAGCUUGCCCAUAGAAACUGAUUUGAAUGGUAUUCAACCUAGGAGCCUUGAAAUAUAGGUCCUACCACAGCCGUAACGCCAACGCUAACUACAAUCUAUAUUUUUUCAUCGCUUCUUUGUUUUUACUGCGUUGCCAUAUCCUGUCUACUGGUA